GUCACAUUUCUGGUCGAAAACUUUUAUUUACAUUUUUUGCUAAGCAGAAAAUUGUGAAAAUUCUGGGGAAAAUCGUGGUAAAACCCCUGAAAAGUACCCAGUUCAGGUGCAUUUUGUGUUUCUGUGUGUUAUUUAAUUAGUGAAAUUUUGGGUGAAUGUGAGGGAAUCGUGAUAAGAGGCAAAAUUUAUUGAGAAAAAUAGAAGUCACGAAAUGAUUUUCACGUGUCUCUUUGAUGGCUGUAUUUAAUGAGAAAAUGCGGUGCUACAGGGAAAUGGAGAGGUAUAAUGAAUUCUUCAGUGGAUAGGCAGAAAGCUACGAGAUGGUUUUCAACAAUUCAGUGACAUAUAAUCAAGUCGGAGGAGGAGGAACAGCAACUUCUGUGUGGAAGCGUAUUAAGCACAUGAAAAUCUCCCGGAUAGUCUUCAUUGUGUCCUUCAUUCUCAUUUCUGUGGCCCUGGUGACGCAUCUCUAUGUGGUAAAUGUGGAAUCGGAAGAGAAUAGCAAUAAUGUGUACAAAUCUCGAUCACAAUUGGAGGCUUUUGAGGAUUUUAGCUCCCUGAGGGCAGCUGAUCUCAAGCUACGUAUCGAUGAGAUGUUGCGGAUUAAGGGGACAGUAUCUGUGGAAUUGAGGGAAUUAGAAUCAAGGCGGCAGAAGCUGCAGUUUGAUAUUAGUUCGUACAAUCAGAAAAUCGAUGAGUUGAAACAGGAAAUGUCCAGGCAACAAACUGAACUGGAUCGUUUGAAGAUAUCCGUGGAGCAAGCUCAAGUUGCUCAGCAGGAAGCUGUCCUGAGAAAUACACCAGAAUUAGCUCUGCCCAAGCCACUAUUCCCAGUGGAAAUCCCAUCGAAAAACUCUGCAGUUGAUGUCCGGAAGUCCGGGAAUUGUCGGAUGAGCACAUGUUUUGAUCACUCAAGGUGCAGCCUUACCUCUGGAUUUCCCAUCUACCUCUACGAUCCUGAUGUAUUCCCUGUCGUCGGUGCGGGAUUUGAUGUAGAUGGCUUCCUGAAGACCACCAUCAAGCAAACCCUAGGCUACAAUAUGCACCUCACAGAUGAUCCAAAGGCAGCUUGUGUCUUCCUAGUCCUUACAGGGGAAUCUCUCCCUGAGCAUGAGACCGUCCGGAACAAUCGGUACACUCUUCCGGCUGUUCCGGAAGUCCGCAAUGGAUCUGGCUUGAGUGCCAGGAAGUUGCAGGAAUUGCCCUUCUGGGGAGGCGAUGGACGCAAUCAUGUGCUCCUGAACUUCGCCAGGAGGGAUCUGACGCCAACGGCUGCUCUGGCUGUGCAGAAUGUGGACACAGGAAGAGCCAUGGUCGUGCAGUCAACUUUUGCAGACAGUCAGUUCCGGAGGGGCUUCGAUCUCCUCAUUCCGCCGAUUCUGGGACCCCCAGGGGGCGAUGUGUGGCAUGAAUGUGCCCCAAUGCUGCCUGCCAGAAGGAAAUAUCUCAUGUCGUUUCAAGGUGAGCUAAAGGUGCAGAAUACUUCAAAGGGGAUUGAUCGAGAAACUGAGGCUCUCGAUGACUUCAUCGUUGAGCAUCUGACGGAUAUGGCAUCCGGACGGACUCAGGACAAAUUCAUGUUGCAAUUCCAGUGCAUUCCGGCGACAGAACAGAAGUUCUUGUCGCCUUUCCGUGAUUGGUCACUUUGCGGCACGGAUUCUUCUCGGCGGAGUGUCCUAAGGGAGUCUACAUUCGCCUUAAUCCUGGCUCCAGAGCGUCACAUCAUUUCCUCGACGUUCCUACAGGCCAGGUUGUAUGAGUCUCUAAGGUCAGGGGCUAUUCCGGUGAUUCUAGGUGGGGAUCAGGUUGAAUUGCCGUAUGCUGAGACAUUGGAUUGGCGUCGAGCUGUGAUUCUUCUGCCUCGGGCUAGGAUUACAGAGUUGCAUUUUCUCUUGAGGGCUGUCCCGGAUACAGAUUUACUUUUUAUGCGUAGGCAGGGAAGGUUGUUCUGGGAGAGGUAUUUCAGUUCGGUUCAGGCUACAGUGGACACCAUUGUGACGAGUCUAAGGGAUAGGUUGGGUAUUCCGGCUAGGCCGGUUCAAAAUAUUGUUGCUCAGAGUGUUUUCAAUGGAACUUUUGUGCCAUUGAAGUCAGAUCCUCCGGUUCUGGAUGCGGAACCUGAAGAAUCGUUAGGGCCAAUUGAGCCGCCAUACCCAAGUCCGGCCUUCCGGAGGAAUUACACAGCAUUGCUGGUGCAAUCCCGGGAAGCUUGGAAUGAUUGGGGUGAUCCCUUUUUCCUCUAUCCGCAAUUACCUUUUGAUCCGGUUCUGCCGUCAGAUGCUAAGUUUGUGGGGAGUCAUAUGGGCUUCAGGCCAAUUGGAAGGGGUAUUGGUGGGGCAGGGAAGGAGUUUGGAGAGGCGUUGGGUGGGAAUCAUCCGCGAGAACAGUUUACAAUUGUCAUGUUGACGUAUGAGAGGGAGCAGGUUCUUAUGGAUUCGUUGGGACGUCUCUAUGGGCUUCCCUAUCUGCACAAAGUUGUUGUCGUUUGGAAUUCUCCGAAGCCACCUCUGGAGGAUCUCCGAUGGCCGGACAUUGGGGUUCCGGUGUCUGUGGUAAGGGCUCCUCGAAAUUCUCUGAACAAUCGCUUCCUACCUUUCGAUGUGAUCGAAACGGAGGCUGUUCUAUCAGUUGACGAUGAUGCUCAUUUGCGUCACGAUGAGAUUCUCUUUGGGUUCCGGGUGUGGAGGGAGCAUAGGGAUAGGAUUGUGGGUUUCCCUGGGCGUUUCCAUGCAUGGGAUCUCAAUAGCAAUUCAGCUUGGAAUUACAAUUCCAACUACAGCUGUGAACUGAGCAUGGUUCUGACUGGUGCUGCAUUUGUCCACAAAUACUACAACUAUCUCUAUACCUACUGGAUGCCACAGGCUAUCCGGGACAAAGUCGAUGAGUACAUGAACUGUGAGGAUAUCGCUAUGAAUUUCCUUGUGGCUCAUGUAACACGACAACCACCUGUCAAAGUUACUUCCCGUUGGACAUUCCGAUGUCCCGGUUGUCCAGUGUCCUUGAGUGAAGAUGAUACGCACUUCCAAGAACGCCACAAGUGCAUAAAUUUCUUCACUCGCGUCUUUGGCUAUACGCCUCUUCUAAACACUCAGUAUCGAGCUGAUUCCAUUCUAUUUAAAACGCGCAUCCCGCACGACAAGCAAAAGUGCUUCAAGUUUAUCUGAAAUAGUCCAAAGAGAGAUGCACAGGUUUUUUUUUCUAGUGCGUGCCAUAGUGAUUUUUACUACAAAUUCUUCAAUUUUGAAGAAACGAAUUUUAUUUUUCAGCCUUGUAGAACUUGAAAAGAAAAGUUCUAAAAUGGGGCUGUUUACCUUUUUACUCUCUUAUUUGCAUCACCAUAAUGAGGAAGCAACAACUUUGUCCUCGUGAUAGCUUUCCUCGACUAAUAGCGAUUUUAUUUGUAUAGCGAAAGAUUUUAUGUAAAAUUUAUCGAAAAAAUAAAAUUAUUUAACAAGAAUAAAA